AUUACAUUUGUUUAUAAAAACAACUUAAAUCUUAAACUUAGAAAAAAAUGUCAGCUUUUAACAUUGAAAAGAAUAAAUCACGUACAUCACCUUAUAUUUGUGUUAAAUGUUUAGAUAAAAAUUGGCAAAACUUCCCAAAAUCAAUUUUGCCAACCAAUUAUGCUGAAAGAUUAGAAUCGUUCAAAAGAUUCUCUAUAAGAUCAGAUGAUAUUUUUAUUUUGGGAUUUCAACGAUCAGGAACAACAAUGCUGCAAGAGUUAGUUUGGAUGAUUGUAAAUGAUUUUGAUUUUCAGACUUUAAUGGAAUAUGAUUGUGAGGCUAGAGUGGUUUUCUUUGAAGUUCCAGAGUUCAGUUUAAAAUUUCGUGAAAAAACACUCGCCAAUUCAUUGGAAGAGAUGAAGAGUCCAAGACUUAUGAAAAGUCAUCUUCCAGUUCAACUUUUGCCAGAUGAAGUUUGGAUAAAGAAGCCAACGCUUUUGUUUAUCAAUCGAGAUGCAAAAGAUGUUGCAAUAUCACAUUAUCAUCUGCUUAAUUCAUUUUCUCCUACUCAAUUUACAUUAGAAGAUUAUUUGGAGGACUUUUUAGCUGAUUCUGUUAUGUACUCACCAUAUCGAGAGUAUAUUCAAAAUUAUUUAAACCUAAAUGAUUAUCAGAACAUUCUUUACUUGACUUAUGAAGAAAUGUCUGCUGAUUUGAAUGAAACCAUUCAGAAAGUUUCACAAUUUUUUGGUAAAACUGUAUCUGAUGAGAAUGUUGACAGGAUUAAAGAUUAUUUGAAAUUCGAGAAUAUGAAAAACCGCAAAACAAAUGACAACAAAUUCGCCCACAAGAUGUGGAUGCAGUCCAUAGAUCCUAAUUCCGAAAAUCAUAUCAAUUUCAUCCGAAAAGGUAUUGUUGGUGGAUAUAAAGAUGAAUUGCCUGAAGGAUAUGCAGACAGAAUUGACAACUGGUAUGCAGAGAGAAUAAAAUUUAAUCGAGGAUUUAGUUGUGAGGAUUAAAUGGUAAAGUCACUUAUUCGAGCAUUU